UUCAAAAUUUUCAUUGUUUUCCGCGACAUUUCUGAUAAAAUAUCCUUAUUUUGAUGACGGAGGAGGCCGCCGACUUCGAGACGGCGAUCGCGGAGUGUGGCUUCGGGCUGUUCAACGUGUUCAUCCUGUGCAGUGCGGCGCCCUGCCUCACGGCGAUGGUAUUCUCCGCCUCGGCGCUGUCCUAUGUGAUGCCCUCGGCCGAAUGUGACCUCGAUCUGAGCAUCGUGGACAAGGGGAUGCUGCACGCGGUGACCUACGCGGGAAUGAUCAUCUCGGCGGUGCCCUGGGGAUUUAUAGCGGAUACCAUUGGGCGCAGGCCCGUGCUCAUUUCCGGUGGCUGGCUCGACGGCAUCUUCGUCCUGUGCGCCUCCUUCAGCCAGAACACAGCCCAGUUGAUGGCCUUCAAGUUCUUUGACGGCUUUAUCAUCUGUGGUCCAUUUGCGGUGGUGGUAAGUUACCUGGCCGAGUUCCAUGGCAAGAAGCAUCGGCCGUAUAUCAUGUUGUUCGUGGGUCUGUGCGUUUCCGCCGGAUCGAUGAUUAUACCCUUGCUGGCCUACGUUUUGCUGCCGGUGCCCAUAUUCUUCAAGGUGGCCACUCUGGAGUUUCGCACCUGGCAAAUCUUCCUUGCAGUCAGCUCGGUGCCCAGUCUGCUCACCGGCUUACUGCACAUUUUCCUGCCCGAGAGCCCCAAGUUUCUCAUGGCUCAGGGGAAUUACAAAAAGGCCUUGGAGUCCCUGCAGCGCAUCUACCAGCUGAACAAGCGCAAGAGUAAGGAUAGCUAUCCGGUGAAACGUCUGAUCGAUCCAACGCCCGAGCGUUCCGCCGAUCUUGAUGGAACUGGCCGGUCACUUACGCUCAAGGAAAGAUUCGAGCGUGCCAAGAAUAAGUUCCUCGGGGGCGUCAGUCAGCUAAAGCCCAUGUUUUCCAGACCUUAUUUGGCGAUCUCUUUGCUGGUCUACUGCCUGCACUUCUGCCAGAUUAUGUGUGUCAACUCGGUGCGUCUGUGGCUGCCCCAGAUCUUUGCCACGAUGAACGCAAUGGAGUCUAUGGGAGCAAACGACACGAGCAUGUGUGCCGUUUUGGAUCACAAUGCGAUGGCGAGGUUCAUGGACGAGGAUUCCAAGAGGGUGGAGUGCGCACUAAACCACGACCCAGACAGCUACUUGGAUAACAUUAUCGUGUCGGGAAUUGGCCUGGUCGGCUUCAUCAUCAUCUUUCCCCUAUUGCGAAUCCGAGUGGUUGCGGAUCACAUACUGAAGGUGUUCCUAUUCAUCUGCAUUUUCCUGGUGGGCAGCCUGUACUUUGUGAAGACUUCGCUGGUGACUAUGAUUGUGUCCGCCAUUUAUCUGACCCUCAUGGGGAUUUGUGCCACCACAAUUAUUGGGAUGUCUGUGGUGAUAUUCCCCACCUUAAUGAGGACAAUGGUUCUGCUGCUGAUUAUGACUUUUGGAAGACUCGGCUCUGUGUGUGGCAACCUGGUGCUGCCGAUUUUUAUGCAACUCAACUGUCUAGCUCCGUUUCUAUGGUUGUGUUCCCUGAUGACCUUUGCUUUUCUGUUUUCGCUGUUCCUGAAGGUCGACGAUCAGCAAUCGCUGAGCUGAUUCCUCAGAAGUUUAUCCAGGUUGUUUUUAAUCGUAUCGCCAUCGAUGGCUUCUGUCCGAAUUAAUAUUAAUCAAUGCUAACGACUUUGCGGUUAAUUCAAGAUAAUUACACUUUAAUCACAAGCACACACAAAGCCAGUCGGCUCUGAUUAAUUUCUUUAUGCUUUUUGAUUGGAAAAAAAUAUAUCUGCCGGUAAUUAU